GGGAGCUACGGCAGGUGCAGCAGCAGCAGCAGCAGCAGCAGCAGCUCUCAGGGGCCAUGGACAAGGAAUAUGUGGGUUUUGCCGCCCUUCCCAACCAGCUGCACCGCAAGUCCGUCAAGAAGGGCUUUGACUUCACACUCAUGGUGGCAGGGGAGUCUGGACUGGGGAAAUCCACCCUCAUCAACAGCCUGUUUCUCACCAACCUCUAUGAGGACCGGCAGGUGCCAGAGGCUGGCGCUCGCCUGACACAAACGCUGACCAUAGAACGCCGUGGUGUGGAGAUUGAGGAGGGUGGCAUUAAGGUGAAGCUGACCCUGGUGGACACGCCUGGUUUUGGGGAUUCAGUGGACUGCUCAGACUGCUGGCUUCCAGUGGUGUACUUCAUUGAGGAGCAAUUUGAGCAGUAUCUUCGGGAUGAGAGUGGCCUCAACCGGAAGAACAUCCAGGAUUCUCGUGUCCACUGUUGCCUUUACUUCAUCUCUCCCUUUGGCCGGGGGCUGAGGCCCUUGGAUAUUGCCUUCCUUCAAGCUGUGCAUGAGAAGGUCAACAUCAUCCCGGUCAUUGGCAAAGCUGAUGCCCUGCUGCCCAAGGAGACCCAGGCUCUCAAGCAAAAGAUACGGGACCAGUUGAGAGAGGAGGAGAUCAACAUCUACCAGUUCCCUGACUGUGACUCUGAUGAGGAUGAGGACUUCAAGAGGCAGGAUGCUGAGAUGAAGGAAAGCAUUCCUUUCGCGGUUGUGGGCUCCUGUGAUGUCGUGGGGGCUGGAGGGCCCCGACCAGUGAGAGGACGCCGCUACUCCUGGGGUACAGUGGAGGUGGAGAAUCCACUUCACUGCGACUUCCUGAAUCUGCGAAGGAUGCUGGUGCAAACGCACCUGCAGGACCUGAAGGAGGUGACGCACGAUGUGCUGUACGAGGGCUACCGGGCCCGCUGUCUGCAGAGCCUGGCGCGGCCAGGUGCGCGGGAUCGGGCCAGCCGGAGCAAGCUCUCCCGCCAGAGCGCCACAGAGAUCCCGCUACCCAUGCUGCCUCUAGCCGAGACGGAGAAGCUGAUCCGAGAAAAAGACGAAGAGCUACGCCGCAUGCAAGAGAUGCUGGAGAAGAUGCAAGCCCAGAUGCAGCAGAGCCAGAUUCCCGGCGAACAGUCGGACGCUCUUUGAGGUCCCCGCCCGGGUGAGCUUUACCUCGACUCCGCCUUCAGUCGGUCUCGCGUCCAAUCCCCGAGCCCCAGGCUGCCCAGCGCCAGAUCGCCGAGCUCAUCCUGAAGGCCCGCCCUGGCUCCCGGUUCUCGGGCUGACAAGGUCUCCCAGACUCCCGAGAGAAGACCCGCCCACUGACCCGCCCACACUGACCCGCCCAAUCACAGACCCCUACGCAGACACGCCCACAGACCACCCUCCCGACACGCCCGCGUCGAUACUGCCCCGCCCACUCGAAAGCCAGAGCUUCCCCCCAGCCCAGACACACCCCGGCCUCCCCCACCCCUAGCCAGCCGACCCUUGUGUUCAAUAAAUACUCAGUCUCCGAG